AUGCUGCGGCUUCUGCUUCUCCUCCUGCUGGUGGCUGUGCAGCCGGCCCUGCGGUUUCCCUGCCUGCCUGCCUCCGCUGCGCAGGACGCCGCUGGCGUGGAUGCGCCGCCUGGCGGCCGGGAGGCGCACCCCGUGGCGCAGUAUGUAACCGUCGAGGAGGACGCCACGCUUAUUCUUAUGGGCCCCGCCCUGCGCUACCUGCCUGUGGCGCCGCUGCGGUAUGUGCGGAUGGUGCAGCGCGCGCUGCACGAAGACCUCACACGCUGCAUCUGCCAAAACUACGUGCUGAGCCGGCGGUCGCCCUCGGCGGACGCCCACGGCGGUGCGGCGGCGAAUUCGUCCCUCGCUGCGCUGGGCGAGGUGCACGGCUGCAGCAUCCACCGACUCUCCCUCUUUACGGGCUUCCGCGACGACCCGCAGCAGCUUGCCGUGAGCUUCACCGUGUCGUUGAUGACGCCGUCCCGCGACGGUGACGGGCAGACGCCCGCCGCCCCGCCGGGGACGACGCUGUCGCUGCCGGAUUGGUGCUUCCCCGGGAUGCAGGGCGCGCUGGCGAAACUCACGCGGCACUCGGGGCGGCAGUCGCUGCAGCACCGCACCGUCUACUUCGGGCCCCCCCCGCCCAACCCCGCGGGUGACGGGUCGAGCGUGGGCCUGUUUGAGGCCUUGUUCUCCAACGCCCUCAGCUGGCUGGCGGUCGCGGUGCUUGCGGUGAGCGGCCUGAUGGUGCUGGUGACGGCCCUCUGCAUGGGCUGCCGGCGGUGCCACGCCAGCGACGGGGCGGUGGAGGAGGAGGAGGCGGGGCCCGCCGGCGUCGUCAACGGCGUCGUGAUCCCCGACAGCACGCGGCACGGACUGGCGAACAGUCGCGACAGUGCGGUGGCGCGAAGAGAGCCGGGCGCGUCGUGGAGAAAAGGCGGCGACGGACGACGCGCCUCGAAGUUCUCCGCGCUUCUCAGAAGGUGA